ACUCCGCACGGCUGGCCCUAUCCUUUGUGCUGUUUGUCGGCGCUUGAUACGAAUUCUGGAAGAUUACACCUGUAUCCAUCCGUAAAACGAAAAACUCUUGUAUGUGUACACGGUGACGUUGGCGCACAGGAGAUUAAAGGCAUGUCACAAGGUAUUAGGAGCCCUGUUGCUAUGCUCAGGGGAUACUACUGUACAACAUCUGCUGUAGUUCGGUUCGGUGCAAACGUUGCCUUAAGCACGGCAGCGCCCAACACUAGCGACAUUCAUUCCACUGAGACUACCAGCUCGUGUACGAAAAAUCAGCAGUCAUUCGCAGUUCCUCCAAAGACAGACUCGAUGGUCGCUAAUAGUAAGCACAACAACCUUUUAUUCGUAGAUCAAUACAGAAGCCUCGUGACGGAUCAUGCCAUCAAACGAAGUCAAUUGAGACAGAUGGUAUAUUUCGUCAAUAAGUCUCGCAAUCGGGGCUACACUGUGCCAAAACAAAUCAGUUCAGAUGAUAUGCUCACACUGCUUGGAAAACCAUCGUUUGCUAGACGACGCCGAUUCAUGGCGUAUCUCCGUUAUAAGGAGGAGAAAGCGGAACGGAAACUGAACCCCAAUUCUCUUCCCUGUAAUACUAAACCAUUGCCAAGAACAAAAAUUACCACCGAUAUUUUAGCAGAUUACGGGCUCUAUUUAAAUUCAAUCAUGAUUCGCAUCGUAGACAAAAGUAUGCAUCGAUUCUUCGAAGAGCGGCUGGUUGCUAAUAUGCCUUUUGCGCAAAAGUUAGCGUUGGAUUUCGGCUACGACUAUAUCAUGAGCGACCGUGAGUCGAGGAAGGCUGCCGCUGACGUGAAAGCUCUCUAUUCGUACAAUCGCAGUUGUUCGGAUCCGUUUAACUUGAUAUUUUGUAGUUUUGCUGAACUUGAAAAUAACGAUUUCCAAGGUCAGUCAUCGACUUCUUCUUGUAAUCUUCUCGAAAAGCUUAUUAAUAAUCGCAGCAUCACAUUUCCCUGUGAAUACACUUCCCGUUGCGUGACCGAGAUGUUUCCACGUGAACAGAUUUAUUUUUUGCAGAUAGUUUAUCUCAGUCCGCAAGGAGAGGACGAACUAGAGACUCUGGACGAUGACAAGGUGUAUGUUCUAGGGGUACUUGUGGACAAGGAGUACCAACCAGGGCUAUCUCUGAAACGAGCUCGCCAAUUGGGGGUGCGCAGUGCCCGAUUUCCGGCUAGGGUUCGCCUUCUCUGGGAGCAAGAGGAAAAGCCCCUUCACGUCGUGCAUUGCCUUAAAGUGCUACAGGACAUAAAGAGUGGCAAAGAUUGGCAAUACGCUAUGUCGAAGAUCAGCAGUAACUUCGUCGUCGAUAUCGACACAGAAGAUAGCUAAGACAACGUAGCAAUCUUCAAAUUUUGCAAAUAACUCAGCACCUAGUGGAAUAUAAUAAAUAUGAGCGUAUCCCUGUUUACUGUA